AUGUACCUUGCGAACGCUUUUCGUCGCUCUGCCAGUAAAAAUAGCGAGGCCUUUACAGGGUCUGCUUUGGUAGGAACUGGAAAAUUGAAGCAGGGUUGGGAGGGUUCCUAUCCUGGGACGCCACUGGGGCCGAAAACUCCACACACGCCGAUGCUGCUUGAUCACACCGGCUGCCUGACGCUGAGCCAGACCCACGAGUACUCUGAGAAAAGAGAAGCUUCCGAGCGGCUUGGUAGUGAACAGGGUUUCGGGGCGGAUACUUCGGCUUUGAAUUCGGGGAAAGAGACUCUUCCCCAGGAGGCCGCCGCGACACCCGCUGGCGACCACGGAAGGAACCCCUUUGACGACGACGAUGUUGAGCGCGUCACUUUGGACAUUGAUGAGUCCGAAAUCGAAGCACAUAAGAAAGUGUGGGACUCUCGGCGAGCUGCACUGGCGAACUCUGGUGGGCGCGACCCGCUGGACGCAUCGGCACGUAGCGCGCUGGCGGCUAGCGCGGGAACGCCGCAGCGGUCUCUGCGCCACACACUGGCCCCUGACGUGCAAGACAGCAUCCUGUUCAUGGAACCAAGUCCUGAAUCUGUCCCGGGGAAUCACGGGAACGGUUCUGAAGUGGACUUUUCUCGAGCAGAGGGCUCGACAGAUUUCCGGAAAUCGGCGGCGAAGCCUGCUGUCGUGACGAAUCUAUCCUCCACAUUUGAGGAGGAAGCGCAUCACCCGCGGGAACUGUCAGUUACCCCGUCGCUUCGUUCUGAAGACGUGCAUCAGAAAUUGAACCAAUCCAGUGUGCAUCACUUCGAGGGGUCGGCCUUGCGACCCGCCCUCUCAUGGGAUCAUAUCCCCAGUAGCAUUAUUCGAGAAACGAUCGUAUCGCUCGAGACACAGAUGGCUCAAUAUCAGAGGGAGCUUGCUGCGGCUCAGGACGUUAUCGGCUCGUUGAGAAAGGCUCUCUGCAUUGAGCAAACCAAUCGACAGAGCCAAGCUGCGAAAAUCGCUGAGAUGGAGCUACAGAUUCGCGCUUUAGAAGAGGAAACAGACCGAAAAAGCCUUCGAAUUGCUUGUUUGGAAAAAGAUCGCGAGGAACAGGAGGGUGUUCUCGAGCGCCUCCGCGAGGAACUCGUCCAGACGCAGCGCCGGAACAACGCCGCACACGAGACGGAGGCGUAUGCGGACAUCUUGUCAAAGCUGCGGGCAGUGCAAGAACAGCUGGAUCUCGUGCAACUCGAACGUGAUUUGCUGGAGAAACGAUUGAACGGACACUCGUUUGAAUCCACUGCGAGAAAACAGAACGACAGCGACGUCUCAACCGGAAAGGAGAAUAUCGGGAAUACGUCGUCGCGUGCGGUGCCUGCCGAAGCGCCCAGUGCGACGCCCGACGUGCCCAGUGCGCAACGCACGAAGCCAACACCGCUCCGGUUGACCCAGAAGAGUCCCCAUGAAGACGCAGCGGCCGCGUCCGCAAGCCUGGAGCGGUCGGUGGCGAAGCAGCACAUCCAAAAGUUUGAACGGAUCCAGACGAGCUCGCUCCUGAGCGCCGAGCAAAGAAACGAGAAGCGGGUCAUGCGUUUCACUGACUGGAUCGGUAGCGUGCAAGAGCCGAGCAACUACAUGAACACAUGA